AUGUUAAUUUUUAGUUAUGUGCUUACGGUAAUCGCCGGUCUUAUUCUACACACAGUGAUUACGUGUCCGAUUCUGUAUUUCUUGAUCACAAGAAAGAAUCCGAUGUUCAUCGUACGGGGAAUGAUGCAGGCGAUUGUUACCGCCUUCGGAACAGCUUCGGGUGGAGCUGCACUUCCAAUGUCUAUGCAAUGUAUGGAGGAUAACUGUCACAUAGAUCGACGUAUAUCGCGUUUCGUGCUUCCUCUGGGAUCUACGAUCAACAUGGACGGUAACGCACUUUAUGAAGCUGUUGCUGUAAUCUUCAUUGCCCAGCUAAAUAAUGUGGAUUUGUCUUUUGCAGAAGUUCUUACUGUCAGCGUCACCGCUACAGUAGCAUCAAUUGGGCUUGGUUCAGUGCCAGCUGGACUCGUCUCCAUACUCCUGAUUCUAAAUACUGUUGGGUUGCCUAUUAAAGACGUGUCGCUCCUGUUGACAGUUGACUGGCUACUGUGA